CCAUGAGUGGAGAGCUUCUGGGCAAAGACAAACCCUGAGAACUUCCAUCCAAUAACAAGAUGAGGAGGCUUUCCCUGGAUACAGUGCAUUGUAGCAACCUGAAAAGGUGUGUUUGUGUAUUGCAGAGAGAACAAACAAACGAGGUUGUAGGAUUUGUUUGGACUAUGGGAAUCUAUGCCAGUCACUUCCAAAAGAAUGACGGUCAGAUCCUUACGGCAAUUACAGAUCCAUCUCAAGCCAACUGGAUUGCGAUCCAUGCCGACACCUGCAAAAUGCCAGUGCCAGAGGUUCAAAGAUGCUGGAGUAGGUUCCUUAUGUUUCAGCCAGACCAGAAGGGGAACGUGCCUCGAAUGCGCCUCCUGCAAACCAACAGUCCUUUUGGCCAGAAGUUGUUAAAGCAAAUUCCUGUCACGGAUGGUGACCAGUUAACAUUCCAGACUUACUGUAAUGCUUUGGCCUGGCUAUCUAAAAGCAGCUUGGAGACCAAAGUAAAAGGACUAUACCAAACAUUAUUCUCUGGCAUUGUUGGCAAGGAACAACUCAGGCAUUUGCUGCAUGACUUAUAUCCUAUGCAAAGUUGCAGUGCCAUUGAUGAACUUUCUGCUACUUUCCUCAAGGAAGUGGAUAAAGACAAUCAAGGGUAUAUCUCUGAAGAUAUGUUUGUUGCCUGGGUUCUAUCCUUUUCAGAAGAAAUAGUCAAAUCUACACUAGAUUUUCCAAUAAUACCUCCAAAUCUGACACAAAUUGAGCACCCUACUUCUUAUCUGAGUUUCACUGUAGAUAUUCAGGAUAAAGAAGGACUGAGUGAUCUGCAACUUGUUAAGGUGGCCACAGAGAUAGCCACAAGAAAAAGAAACUGGAGGCUUCUUGCUAGUAAGCUUGGCGUUACAGAGAAGCACAACUUCCAUUUGGGGAAUGAGCAUGGGAAAACAAAGGACCAAAUCCUGAAAAUGUUACUGAGCUGGCACAGAGCAUGUCAAGGAGCUCCUCUUCCCAUACUUCAAGCAGCCCUGCGAGAAAGUGGCAAUGUAGACAUUUGUAACGAAGUGUUCCACUUGAGCUUUUAAUAUAUAUAUAUAUAUAUUUGCUAGGAGAGGAUAGUUGUUUGACGUCAGGGUGGGUUAGCUUUCCCAGCCUAAGGGUGACGUUCUCUUUUGUGCAAUGCUGUUGUUAUAUAUUUGUGUAAACCCCUCCUUUCCCCCUGAUAUGGAC